GGGCGGUUAAUUGGUGGUUAAUUGUUUGUAAAAACGUUUGUUUUUCUUUAUAUUUCUUUCUUGUAAUCAAGCAUGUUUUAACAUGUUUCGUUGUUUAUUCAAUUAAUUUACUUGUUUAUAAAAUGUCGGAGGUAAUAAACCCUGGCGGCAUCAGAGCUGGUUGUAUAUACCGGAUUUCCCUACAAAACUUUGUAACUUUUAAGCAAGUGACACUGUUUCCUGGCAAAUCGUUAAACUUAAUAAUUGGGCCCAAUGGUACAGGAAAAUCUACAUUUCUGAACGCAAUUAUUUUGGGCUUAGGAGGAAGCCUUGGUGCCAUCGGAAGAGCUGAUAAGCUAGCAGCAUAUGUGAAAACUGGAAGCAGUGAGUCGAGAAUUGAUAUUGAAUUGUAUCAAAAGCCAAUGCAGAAAAAUGUCAUUAUUACAAUGAUUAUUAACAAAAAAAAUUCUACCACUUGGUAUAUCAACAACAAUACUGUGGACAAAAAGAGAGUUCUGGAGUUAAUUGCAAGUCUACACAUACAGGUGGAAAACUUAUGCCAGUUUCUUCCCCAAGACAAAGUACAUGACUUCGCGCAAAAGAAUCCUCAAGAGCGCUUGCGCGACACCCUCGCCACUGUGGGGUCGCCAGGCAGCGUGGAGCAGCUGGCCCAGCUGAAGGACCUCCGAGCUGAGCAGAAGGACAUCGGCACCAGGCUACAAAACAAUGAAAAGGAACUGCAUGAACUUGAAAGAAGAAACAAUACACUUAAAAGGGAUAUUGAAGCAAUGAAGCAAAGAAAGGAAAUGGAAAAGGAAGUACAAAUUUGUGAAGUGAAAAAGCUGUGGCUUGAAUUCCUAGAGCUUAGAGAAAAGAUUAGGGAAUAUAAUCAGGACUAUAAGAAGCAAGAACGUAGGAAAAAUAAUAUAGAUAAAAUUAUGGCACCACUCCAAAAUGAGUUGGAAAAUAGUAAAAGAGAAGUUAAUACAUUUGAACAAAGGUGGCAAGCUGUUAAUUCGCAGAUCCAUAAUUUAAAAGAACAGGUAACAGAAACUAUCAACUCAGUCAGAAACCAAGUAUGCGAACUUGAGCAUAUUGAAUCUGCCUUCACAAAAAAAAUGCAAAGGUAUAAAAAUAGAAAAAAAGAAUUAAUUGAAGAGAAAUCAAAGUUGGACAAGUUGAACAUGGACAAAGCGGCGUUUGAGGAAAGUCUUGGAAAUAAAAACGAUUUACAACAAGAUCUUAACACAACUCUGAAAAGUAUAAGUAAAACAUCUGCUGCUUGCAAUCACUUGAAAAGCCUUAAACAUGAGGCGCAACACGAGAUCGACAACAACAUCAUGCCGCGAAUGCGACAAUACCAGAACAAAAUUCGUAAUUUGGAGGAUGUGAAUGAGAAACGGCUCAGAGCGUUAGAGAACUACAGCCAGGACACGUUUAACGCUGUGAUGUGGCUCAGAGAGAAUAGAAACAUGUUCGAACAGGCUGUGCAUGAGCCUAUGAUGCUCCAAAUAAACUUCACGGACCCGAAGUACGCGCGGUACUUGGAGGCCACGGUGUCUGCGAGAGACUUAAUCGCGUUCACAUUCGAGUCCACCAGUGAUAUGAACCUGUUCUUGCGAAGCGUGCGCGCUAAAGACAUGCGCCUCGUCAACGCCGUGCAGAGCAAAGGCGCGCCGGAACAAUCCGAUGAUAUCAGACGCUUGAGUUACCUCGGCUUCCAAACGUACCUGGUCGACACCAUAACGGCUCCGGACGCAAUACUGCGAUACUUGUGCAAGCAAUAUAAGAUACACAGGAUACCUAUAGGCAACCAGCACACUUACGACAACAGUGACAAGGUGCCUCAGAACAUUACAAAGUUCUUCACGGAAAACCACUUAUUUUCAAUUCGCGUAUCGGCAUACAGCGGGGCUAAAUCUAGCUCUACUAGAGAAAUUACUCCCGCUAGGCUUUUGGCUAACACUAUCGACCUCGAACAAAUCAACAGUUUGAAAAAUGAAUUGGCUAACUUAGAAGACAUGGAGUCCACAAAGGGUUCAGAGAUACAAAAGAUAGACAGCAAAUUGAGCAGGUUAGAAGAUGACCUCAAAAAGCUAUGCAGUACUAGAAAACAAAUUGAAGAAUGGCUUAAAAAGAUAACAUCAAAUUCCCGUGAUAUCAAUUUGCAAAUCGAAAAAAUCAACGAUUUGAGUAACGAAUGCACGUUCAACAUCGACGCCGAGCGGGCGGCGUGCAAAAAGAAACGCAAGGACUGCGUUAUCAAACAGCGCAAGUUGCAUCAGGAACUGUAUGGCAUUGUGAAGGGGUUGCAGAAAAAAAUGAUGAAUAAGGAACUGUACUCGGUUAAAUUAAAAAUCAGCAGAGAAGCGAUAGUGGAUAAGGAGGCUCAACUAAGAGAACGUUUAAUGGAAUGUCGUGAGAUGGAGGAAAUAUUGCAAAGAAUUCAAAAUGUACUACAUUCCGCGUCGGCCUCCGCUAAACAAAAGCAGACGGAAAUAAAACAGUGUUGCAACAACAAGCUGCCGAAUGAAGCUGGCUUUCCCAAUAAGGAGACGUUCGACUCGCUGCCGUCUGAUCUGCAGGCGAUAGACGAGCAUUGCUGUGAAUUGAGGACCAGGAUGGGUCUGUUGGGCUGCGAAGAUGAGCAGAUAGUCAAAGAAUAUGAACUACGAGAAAAACAGAUCAAUAAACUGAAAUCGCAGGUGCAAAACUCCGCCCAAUAUAGAAAAGAACUUGAGGACAAAUUGAACAAAAUAAAAUCACAAUGGCUGCCGAAAUUGGAAAAAUUAAUUCAAAAAAUCAACGUAAAUUUUGCUGACAUGUUCGAGAGAUUACAUUGUGCCGGGGAGGUGCAACUCGUGAAGAAAGGUGGCGAGGAAGACUUCGACCAGUACGGCAUCGACAUCCUCGUGAAGUUCCGUGCAGAAGAGCAGCUGUCGCCGCUGACGCGCCACCAGCAGUCGGGCGGCGAGCGCGCGCUCACCACGGCCGUCUAUCUGAUGGCGUUGCAGGCGCUGACGUCCGACGUGCCCUUCAGAUGCGUGGACGAGAUCAACCAAGGCAUGGACGCGGUGAACGAGCGCCGUAUGCUGGAGAUGCUUGUGGAAGUCACCACGCAGGGCGAGGCUUCGCAGUACUUCCUGCUGACCCCUAAGCUCCUACCGAACCUGCAGUACAAUGAGAACGUUACGGUUCACACAAUCAUGAACGGAAAGCACAUAAUGAACUACAACGAUUGGCGAUAUGACAAAUUCCUCCAGAACGCUCGCCGUUACAGACCGGCGUGACUUAGGGUUUCACUUCUUACGUUCUUCUCUAUACAAUUGAUUAUUUUAACUGAUUUUGACGCUGAUUAUUUUAUAUUUUACACCCUACCGGCAAAGCCGUACCGCGAAACGAUUAGUUCCAAUACGAUGCCGCGUAGAAACCGAUCAGGGGUAUGGGAACAAUGAAAUUGCCAUACCCCUUCCAAGUUAGCUCGCUUCCAUCUUAGACUGCAUCCUCACUUACCACCAAGUGAGAUCGCAGUCAAGAUGUAUCGAAAUCAAAAAAUCAAUGCCCGAGACUUCGUUCAUGUAAAUUUAGGUUUGUAAAAAGCCUGUGGGAACUUUUUGGUUUCAGGGAUACAAAGUAGCCUAUGUUCACUUCCGGGAUGCAAUCUAUCUCUGUAAAAUUCAGAAUAGGUUUAACAAAUGGGCGUUUAAAUGCUGUGGGAACUUUUUGAAGUCCUUACAUAGACUACAUACUUACUUUUAAUCUUUUCUUUACCACUUACUUUUUAUCACCUUUCCUUAAAACAGGUUACACGGAUGAACCAUAACAGAGAGACACUUUCGCAUUUAUAAUAUUAGUAUGGAUUGCCUGAUGAUAUCUAACAACAAGCAACAUAGUGUAAUUUUAUUUGUUUUGAAAGGAACCUUGAAAAUUGCUCUACAUCUCUAUAGAGAAUUUUGAGCAACUUUGUUACUUACUUUUUUUAACUAUUCGACGACAAUAUCGAUCGACGAUCUAACCUAUCGAAAUAUUUUAUUUAAAAUCUAUUUUUUUAGCCGUCUUAAAAGGUUGAACAAAUGGCAAAAACUAAUCGCCGAAACGCGAAAGCGACUUGUUUGCUUUUUAAUUCAACUAAGAAAAAAUAGAUUUGUAUUCAUGAUUGUUAAAAAUUUUCAGAAUAUUAUAAUUAUAAGAUAGAUGUAAUUUUAGGAUAUACAUAUUUUGUAAAAUAACUGGCCAAGAACAUAGCGCUCGCUAUGCUAAGUUUUUUUGAUUUGAUUUAUGUAUGUAAUUAUUAAAGUUGCCAAAAAUUUUGUAAACGUGUUUGGUUAGUAUAGUCAAAAAUGCGAAAUAUCAUCACCGAAAUUUAAUACUAACGCUUCGUGUUUAUUAUUCGAGCACAAACAUUGGGUAUCACCUAUACUUCUCAACACACGCGGCAUUUUUGCGAGUGUAGCGAGCGCUUAGUUCUGGCCGUAUCAGUACCUGUGAUGCUGUGAAAGACCUGUUUUUAACCUAACUAAUUUUAUAGUUAAUUAUUUAUUAGGUAUCGCCCUACAAUGUUAUACCCGCUAUAUGACUCAUGUAAGAUAAUGCCAAAAACUUCGCGUAUAUCCAUAAUUAAGCUAUUACAGCUGUGCGAACUGAGUCAUAAAUCAUUACGAUCAUAGGGUUGUAAGAAUGCUGAAGAACUUGUCAUCGAUAAAGGGAUGCCAUUACGGAGGUAAGCUGGGAUGGUGUAACUGCCGAUACAUAUCUUUUUGGUCGUCAGGUAUUCCAUUCCAUCAGCCACUGUAUGCGUCCACUGCUGGACAUAGGCCUUUCCAAGAGCGUGCCACCAAAGACUGUCCUCCGCCUUCCUCCUCCACCCGCUUCCCGCGACCUUUAGGUCAUUGGUCCAGCGGGCUAGAGGUCGACCCACACUGCGCUUACCGGUACGCAGUCUCCACUCUAGAACACAUUUGCCCCAUCAGAUAUUGUGGUAGAAAAACACUUUGCCUCGUGAAAAUGGGUGUAUUGCAAUACCAAAGUUUUUCACAAGAGAGAAAGUAAAACAGGAAAUUGCGGCUAGGGUUGCCCGCGCUAUAAUGUUGUAUGUAUUAUAAAAAUAGUAUAAGUUUUGUAGUCUAGUGUUGCUGUGGUGAAAUUAAGGAUGUGCCUUUGCAGGAAGCAUAACCUCUCCCUCGCUCUUUAUAACUAAUUGUUCCAUAACAAACUCUAUUUUACUGUUAUACCUACAUAAAACCAGAGCAUCAGGUUCCAGUCCCAUAAGGUUUAUAAGUGCGAGCGAGAGGUCCGAUCUAGAUGACUCAGUUCGCAGGUUUGUACUGUGUAAUGGCUCAACCAACUAUAUAUAGUUAAUGCCCGUGACUUUGUCCGCGUAGCUUCGAAAACCCCGUAGGAACAAGAUGCAAUGCAUUUCUAUGCCUUUCGUCAAGGUGUAACAGACAGACACACUUUUGCAUUAAUAAUAUUAUUACUACUUAGUAAUAAUAUUACUAAGUAUAUUAUAUUGAUUUCAUUAUGUAAUCAAUAUUCAUGCAGUUCUUUUCUACAGGAAAUAUUAUAGUGAAGGUACUGUACUAUUUCAAGCCAUAUCAAUUAACUUUAGUUUAAGUUUUGUACAGAAUCAUUAUGUACCAAUGAAUAAAACUAGCUCUCUUGUACCAUUUGACCAUAAUAUCAUGGUAUCAAAAGUACUUUUUUUUUAAAUUAAUUUAAGUUUUAUGUUUAAGUCGCAUUCAACGCGUCACAACGUGGUUCGACGUAUUGGUUUGUUAUUUUUAAAUUAUUUUUCAAAAAUACUUGUUUGUUUCUUUAGAAAAAAAAAAAUUGGUUAUAAAAGUACUUGUUAAUGCUGCAUUUGCCCACGUGGU